CUAUACCCACACAAACAUAUCAGAACUUGUGUUGCAAAGGAAAACACAUCCACCUUCUAUUUUGUGCAAAAGAAAUUGAGCCCAAAGGAGAAGUUCAUUAUGCCUAUCACCACGACAACAACAAGAACCAAUGGUGUUGAUUCUUCCCUCCCUAGCCAAAGAUUAUUAGGAAAAGUGGCAAUCGUCACCGGUGGAGCAUCUGGUAUUGGAGAGGGAAUUGUGCGUUUGUUUCACCAACAUGGCGCAAAAAUAUGCAUCCUUGAUGUACAAGACAAGUUAGGACAACAAUUGUGUGAAUCACUCUCCAAUGACAACGACUCAAACAAUAUUUGUUACAUACGUUGUGAUGUCUCAAAUGAGGACGAGGUUAGUCACGCCAUCGAGUCCACAGUCAAAAAAUUUGGUACUCUUGACAUUAUGGUCAACAACGCUGGCGUUAUGGAACCACCAAGUCCAGACAUCCGAGACUUCAACCUACAAAAGUUUGAGAAGACGAUGAGCAUAAAUGCGAAAGGAACAUUCAUCGGAAUGAAGCAUGCAGCGCGUAUUAUGAUCCCGAACAAGAAGGGUACAAUAAUUUCUACUUCUAGUAUGUCCAGCGUAAUUGCAGGCGUAGCACCGCACGCGUACACCGCGUCCAAGCAUGCUAUUGUAGGGCUUACACAAAACGUUGCAGCUGAAUUGGGAAAACAUGGGAUCCGAGUGAAUUGUGUAUCUCCAUAUGGAGUUCCAACUCCAUUGGCCUUAAGUCACAUGGCUAAAGAGCAAGUAACUGAUGAGGUCAUAGCCGGGUUACAAAAGAUGACUACAAUGCUGGGUAAUUUACAAGGUGUGGAUCUAACUGUGGAUGACGUUGCCAAUGCUGUGCUUUUCUUGGCAAGUGAUGAUGCUAAGUAUGUUAGUGGGACUAAUUUGGUGGUUGAUGGUGGCUUUUCAUCUGUGAAUCACUCAUUUGGAUUCUUUAGAUGAGCAAAUAAGGGCAGUGUUUUGUGUCUUAUUUUGGUAAAAUAAAAGUCAUAUUUGUAUCCUCACCUAUAUAUGGAUGAUUGAUUUCAUCCUCUAUUUCCUUGUUACCCGUUGUUUUUUCUUUCUUUCUUAUGUCCUAUUGUACUAUUGUUCUCGGUUCUUUAUAAAUAAA